GCACCAUGGGUACAGCUCGUCCACUGAUGGCCUCUGGGGAGGGAACGUAGCUGGCUCAAGUCCAGAGCUGCUUCCUGGACUGUUGGGACACAGAGCAGAGGCCAGAGCCGCAGACCAGCCCCUCCUGGUUCAAUGCCUGCCAACAGGUUACAGCUUCCCAAAAUGAGACACUGGGGGCUUCUGCCAUUCCUGGUCCCCCUCAUCUUCCUGUGGAGCAUCCAGAAACCUCAGCUGACAGAGGGGUUAUUUUUCAAAACAUGUCCAAAGUAUAAAAUAAAGUGUGACUUUGAAGAAAGAAGCCAGUGUUCACGACACAAACAGUGCCCAGAAAAGCAAAGGUGCUGCAUGUUCGCCUGUGGGAAGAAAUGCUUGGACCUCAACGAAGACAUAUGCAGUCUGCCCCAGGAUGCUGGCCCCUGCUUGGCCUACCUCCCACGCUGGUGGUAUAACAAAAAGACUAACCUCUGUACCCAAUUCAUCUAUGGUGGUUGCCAAGGGAACACCAACAACUUCCUAUCUAAAGAUAUCUGUACAUCCAUUUGCACAAGGAAACACAGUGUUCAUAUCAGCUCCCAGCCCUCCGCAUGCAAAAUCACAGUUGUGCGCCAGGAUAACAGUGUCUAUUGUAAGCUGCUAAAGAACCGAGCAAAGGAAGAACCAGCAUCCCUAAACCUGAGAGGCUCAUUUGAAAAAUAUUUAGCACUGUGUUAGAAAGUAUUUCAAAUAAGAACACAAUUCACAAUCAACUUUUUUUUUUCUGGGCUUUUGAACUUUAUUGAAAAAUGCAAGCAGGAAGGGAAUCAAACAUUUAUAACAUAUGUUGAUUAUUUACCUGACCAAAGUGCAAUGAUUUCUUUUAAAAUCCUUUAAAAUAAGUAACCAUGGAAAACAUAAGCCAGGAAAUAAAAUACAGAUGGGAAUUUUAACCAUUAGAUUGCUCUGUCUAAUUUAUUCUAACUCUCUGUUUAGUCUAAGAAACAAACAAAUGAAACACUCUUGACCUAUUAUUAAAACAAGAACCGAAUCAAAUUAGCAUA